AUGCCCCGGAAUCCUCUAGAAGACCACUCUAUCUUCUCUGGGGGUCUGUUCCAGUACCUGGAGGGGAACAAGAAAUGGAGAAACCGCUUUGUCUUCGUGGCCGACACAUACGACGUUAGCUUCUACGAGAACAAAGUGGCUCACGAGAGGGGCUUGCACCCUAAAGGAACCAUCAACUGUGCCGGAUACAAAGCUCUGACCUCCAUGGAAGAGUACCUGGAUCUGGUCAACACCAGCCUGCCAGGUGUAAAGGCUAAGGUGGGCAGCGGUCCGUUUGUCAAGGGUGCCACCCAGUUUCCCCUGAUCCUGUGGCACCCGUACGCCCGCCACCACUACUUCUGUGUGCUGACAGAGAAGGAGCAGACGAAGUGGCACGCUGUGCUCCAGGACUGUGUCAGGCACAGCAACAAUGGUCUGUCAGAAGAAUGCAGGGUGCAGACCCCUGCCUUCACGGAUGCUGUGCGGCUCCACAGGCAGGCUCAGGGACACUACGGCACCUGGGACAUGAUGUGUGGAGGGCCACCACAGAUCCUAGCCAACCUAGUGAUGGAGACCCUCUACCCAGAGCUGAGGAAUCUGAUUGGUCCUCGUCUGAAGGGGAAGAUGCAACAGAGACAGAGGGACUGGAUGCUGAUCUCUGAGGUGGUGUAUAAGCAGGUGUUGUCUCAGACCCAGGCCCAAUACGAGGCUCUCGUCCAGGCCUGUGAGGUAGAGACGCCCCGUCUAGACGCCGCGCUACGCACAGACAUGGACCAGAUUAUCACCUCCAAGGAACACGUCAGCGGCAAGAUCCGCGCUCUGGUGUUGCCCAGGGCAGAGCAGCUCCUUCGGCGCAGCGUCCAGCCCUACGUCAGCUCCAUCCUGGAAGCCUUGAUGGAGCCCACCAGCAGAGGCUUCUCCGAGGUCCGAGACGUCUUCUUCAGAGAGCUGGUGGAGGUCAGCAAGAACACGCUCAACGGAGGGGGCAAGGACAAACUGGGAGAGCACAUGGAGAAGAUCUCUAUGCUGGCGUUCCACCCGGUGAAGAUGCAGAGCUGCUAUGAGAAGGUGGAGCAGCUGAGUCUGGAAGGGCUGCAGCAGAGAUUUGAUGUGUCCAGCCCCUCCGUGUUCGUCCAGAGGGCUCAGAUCCUCAUGAGAGAGCAAAUGGACAAUGCUGUGUACACGUUUGAACAGCUGCUGCACCAGAGUCUGGAGGAAAAGGACCAGAGAGGAGAGAACCUGUGUAAGACCAUCCAAUGCUGUCAGGACAGAGUGCUGAAGAAAUAUGACUAUGACAGUAGCACGGUGCGUAAGAAGUUCUUCAGAGAGGCCCUGCUACAGAUCAUCAUCCCCUACAUGCUGAAGCAGCUGGCUCCCUCCUGCCAUCCGGACUUCCCUCCCUUCCAGGAGAUGAUCUUUGAGGACUUCUCCCGGUUCAUCCUGGUGGAGAACAUGUUUGAGGAGGUGGUUCUGCAGUCUGUCACCAAGGACAUCAAGAUGGCUGUGAAAGAGGCGGCAGUCCAGAAGAGACACAACCUGUACAGAGACAGCAUGAUCCUGACCAACAGCGACCCCAACCUCCACCUGCUGGGGGAGAGCCCCUCGGUAGACUGGGCCGCCCAGUUCGGUGGCGGGGAUGAGGAGCCUGACGAGUCCCCGGAAGGAUGUGGCCGGUCCAAAUGGCGGCGCAGGCAAGUGGUCUCCAUGAUCAAGCUGGACGGGAUGAGCCCGCUGCCCUACGAGUCGUGCUUGGAGGUACCGGGGGUGGAUUUCAUCCCCGAGGAGGGGGAGAUGGAGGAGGGGGUGGAUUUCAUCCCCGAGGAGGGGGAGAUGGAGGAGGGGGUGGAUUUCAUCCCCGAGGAGGGGGAGAUGGAGGAGGUGGGAGCGACCUCCAUGGAACCACAGCCAAAGACCCCCACGGAACUAGAGCCUAAUUCCCCAGACAACGUGCAGGAGAUCCGUUACCUCAUCAACCCGGUGGUGGAGAUGGUAGUCCCGGCCUCAGAGGAGGACUUGGCUGUUCUCACCAAUGGGACAGAGCCGGGGAUGCUGACGCUAGAGGGCGAAGAGGAGGUGACGCUAAUCACCACCGUGGUGGAGGAGGUGCACAGGAAGUCACUGCAGUGGAAAAGUGCCCCACAGGAAGUGAGCGAGCAGCUGAUAGAAAGAGGUCCAUACCAGAAAGCUGAGGGGGAGCUUCAGGAAAAAGGGGAGGCAGCUAUUGAGGGCAAGGUAGAGGAGGGCGAGGCGGCCAUCGAGAACGCCUUACAGGAAAUGCCGAUAAUGAUACAGGAAGAGGUCGGAGACUUACAGGAGGAGAGGCAGGACGAGGUGGAGGCAACCAUUGAGGUCGAUUCAUCCAUCGAGGGAGAAGAUGAGGCUAUCGAGAACGCCAUACAGGAAAUAGAGAUGGCGGUACAGGAAGAGGACGAAGACAGGAUAACGGAGUGUGCCGUAGACUCUGACGCUGAGCUGGCCCCACCAUUGGCCGACUCCAGCCCCCGGCACCACGAUGACAGCGGCUUCCAGUCACUGACCAAUGAGGCCUUGGAUGAGGGCGAAGCUCAGCCAAUGAAGGAUGCUCUGAAAACAGGACUCUCUAACCGACCCAGGUGAGGUGGUGGUGAUUGUGGAGCAGGGAAACGCUGCACUUCACGACGACUCUGAGACCGGGGAGGACUCUGAAACCAACAUUUUAUAUGAGAUUUGAAUGGGAAAACAAGGGAGAAUAUUAUUAUUUUUAUUUUUUUUACCUCAUUUUCAUUAUCUCCAGCACAAUACCAGUGUCAACAUACCGUAUGUGAAAAUGGCGCAUUUCUACCUGAUGAUAUCAUCAAAAGUUUCAAAUAAAAAGUUCAAGGGAAAAAAACACUGAGGUUGGCAGUGACGUGGGGAGCAAGAAAAUACCCUCCCUUGGGCUAGAAAACUUAUUGCAGGUUUUGAAAAUCAUUUUCUGACUUUGAAUCUUACCCUGUGGUGUCACACAGAGAAGCAUUUAAAUAUAUAUAUAUAUAUGUACCCACAGAUCAUAGGAACGCAGCGUUUUCACAUGUAGACACUGGUAUGAUUCUGGAGAUGAUGAAUAUGAGGUUGAAAAAGUUACACUUUACACUACAGAUGCCCAUGUGUAAGGGCCUUCAGGAUAUGUUCACAGAGAUGCAUGGCAGGAUAGACGUAACACUUUAUGGUGCAUGGGUACACACUCACUGGUCACUGCAUGACCUCUUACUGAGCACUAGGAGGCACUGUAAGCUGGCUUUUGACACAAACGGCUCUGUUUUAUCUCUUUGUCAUGACAUCUUACUGUAAUGGGCAUUGUCGAAAACAUAUCAUUAUAGAGAUUCAGCUAUCGUUGCAUUCAGGGCUUGGGAGCUCUGCUUUUUAACAUGUUUUAACAAUGACUUGGCACACUAGUGUAUAAAAUCAGCCAGAGUGAUUUUGUCUUGAAAUAAGUUUGUUAAGCCUUGUUAUCAACCAUUUUAUUUUUCAUUUUCACAAGCAGCCUUCUGGUAUCUUUUCACAGUGCAUGACAUCAGCAUGGCGAGGCACUUGCUUACUUCCUACUUUUCUGUCUGUGUUAGUCUAACCCUUAUUUAGUGUGAGGGGAGCUGCUCAACUGGUAGCAGUCACUAGUCUUAUUAUAGAUGCUAGAGGUCCUGCGUCAGCCACAGUGCCACUGCCAUGAGCACGCUUACAGUUAUUACUAAAGGGACUUGCUCUGCGACGCAUCAGAAUCUCUGUGGGAGUGUUGUGUAGAUGGUUGACAGCACGCUAUGUAUCUUGUCAUGAAGAGGCCUCUGUCAGUCUAAAAACAUUGAAAAAUGAAGUUGGCUAUAUGCAAUAUCUUUUUGAGUGCAGACCCAUCACACCUUACUCUUUGUCCACAGUCUCCUCUGGCCACACCAAGGGAAUAAACAAAGUCUAUAUUUGUUUAUUUUCCCCACUCUUCAAAAUUAGGGAAAUUUGAUUUAUGCUGAUUUUUCUAUCCAUGCUAUGUUUAUGGUCACUGUAUAUAUUUGUUCUUAACCAGGCUGAGUUUGUAGUCUUGGGGAAAAUAGGUCCAUGUAUCUCUGACUUAAAAGGAUAGUUCACUCUGAACUAUUCCUUUAAGACGGAGUCCUUCUGUUUCCUUCCUCUAUUUAUGACAAAUACUGUGUGUGUAUGGUGCCAAUACACUAUCCUCGGCCAUAGUCUUCAUUUUGUGUAAAGCCCUACGCAAGAGCUUUUUAUUGAUUUGUAUUUUGCUAUGCAUGACAGACUAUACUUAUAUUGAUUUGAUAUGUUUUUUCUAUUUCUCAUCUAUCUAGACUAAAAUGGUAAACUGUGUUUAAGCCAAUCAUCAUGUAUUUUUUAAAUCAAAUUAAAUGUUAAAAGGUUA